AAGAUAGAAUAUUAUCAGAAAGAGACAGAUAGAUUAUACUGUUUAGAAGGUGCAUGCAAGCAGUCAGUCAGUCGCGUGAAAAUGGCGUUGUGAGCAUGGCAGGACGAAGAUCGGUGUUGACGAACGUUGCAGAGUCCCUGGGCACACAGGCAGCAGCAGCGACAGCAUCUGGAGGAGGUGAUCCGCUACGCGAGCUCUUUGAAGCCUGCAAGACCGGCGACCUUGCACGGGUUAAAAAGUUCGUCAAUCCCAAAACCGUCAACGCAAGGGACACAGCCGGACGCAAAUCUACUCCUCUUCACUUUGCUGCUGGUUAUGGAAGACGAGAUGUAGUAGAAUAUUUACUUCUAGCUGGAGCAUCAAUUCAAGCACGUGAUGAUGGAGGAUUACAUCCUUUGCACAAUGCUUGUUCCUUUGGUCAUUCUGACGUUGUAAGACUUUUAUUAGAAGCAGGAGCUAACCCUAACACUAGAGAUAACUGGAAUUACACUCCACUGCAUGAAGCAGCUAUUAAGGGUAAAAUAGAUGUAUGCAUAGCUUUACUUCAACAUGGAGCAGAUCCUAAUAUCAGAAAUACAGAAGGAAAAACUGCCUUGGAAUUAGCUGAUCCUGCAACAAAGCCAGUUCUAACUGGAGAGUACAAAAAGGAUGAAUUGCUAGAAGCUGCUCGGUCAGGCAAUGAAGAGCGCUUGCUACAGCUUUUGAAUCCUCUUAACGUUAACUGCCAUGCCAGUGAUGGUCGUAGAUCAACUCCUUUGCAUUUAGCUGCUGGGUAUAACCGUUCUAGAAUUGUUCAAAUUUUAUUGCAAAAUGGUGCAGAUGUUCACGCCAAAGAUAAAGGAGGCUUAGUUCCACUGCAUAAUGCAUGCUCAUAUGGCCACUUUGAAGUAACCGAAGCACUUUUAAAACAUGGAGCGGUUGUGAAUGCAAGUGACCUUUGGGCUUUUACUCCGCUUCACGAAGCCGCCAGUAAAUCUAGAGCAGAAGUGUGCUCUUUAUUGUUGAGUGAGGGUGCUGAUCCGACUCAGUUAAAUUGUCAUAGUAAAAGUGCUAUUGACGUGGCGCCAACGCUGGAGCUCCAGGAAAGAUUAGCAUAUGAAUAUAAAGGACACUGUUUGCUGGACGCCUGCAGGCAGGCUGAUCUGGCAAAAGUAAAAAAGUAUUUGACAUCGGAAGUGGCAAAUUUCAAACACCCCUACACGGGGGACACGCCGUUGCAUUGUGCGGUAGGGUCCCCCUUUCCUAAACGUAAGCAAGCCAUCGAGAUGCUUAUUCGUAAGAAUGUACCCCUCAACGAGAAAAACAAGGACUUCCUUACACCCUUACAUGUUGCCACUGACCAUUCGCACUACGAUGCCAUGGAUUUGCUGCUUGCGCACAAUGCCAAAGUCAAUGCGCUCGAUGGCCUUGGCCAAACGGCACUGCAUAGGUGUGCAAGAGAGGAUAAUGUACAAGCAUGUAAAAUACUUUUAUCUUACAACAUUGAUCAAGCAAUAGUUUCGCUUCAAGGUUACUUGGCCGCACAAGUUGCUACGGAAAACGUUUUGAAAAUUUUGCAAGAUCCACCGAAUGGAUCGGAAGACGUUGAAGCUCAACUGUUGGAAGCUAGCAAAUCUGGUGAUUUGACAGCUGUUGAACGAAUCCUUCAGGCGAAUCCUCAUGCUGUCAACUGUCGCGAUUUGGACGGUAGGCACUCCACUCCUUUACAUUUUGCUGCUGGUUACAAUCGAGUUCCGGUGGUGGAAUACCUUUUGGCUCACGGAGCUGAUGUCCAUGCAAAAGAUAAGGGAGGACUGGUUCCACUGCAUAACGCAUGUUCCUAUGGUCAUUACGAAGUAACAGAACUUUUAGUGAAACAUGGUGCUUCAGUAAAUGUGGCUGAUUUGUGGAAGUUUACACCUUUACAUGAAGCUGCGGCGAAGGGUAAAUGCGAGAUUGUGAGAUUGUUACUUCGUCACGGUGCUGAUGCUACAAAGAAAAAUCGCGAUGGCGCGACACCUUUGGAUCUUGUAAGAGAAGGUGAUCAAGAUGUUGCUGAUUUGUUGCGGGGUAAUAGCGCAUUGCUCGAUGCUGCAAAAAAAGGAAACCUCGCACGUGUGCAGAGGCUUGUGACGCAGGAUAACAUCAAUUGUAGAGAUGCUCAAGGAAGAAACAGCACACCUCUUCAUUUAGCUGCUGGAUAUAAUAAUUUAGAAGUAGCUGAAUUCCUACUUGAGCGUGGUGCGGAUGUAAACGCACAAGAUAAGGGUGGCUUGAUUCCUUUGCAUAACGCAUCAAGUUAUGGUCACCUUGACAUCGCAGCUCUACUAAUAAAGUACAACACAGUAGUAAAUGCUACCGAUAAAUGGGGUUUCACACCACUUCAUGAAGCAGCACAAAAAGGUAGAACGCAAUUAUGUGCACUGUUACUUGCUCACGGUGCCGAUCCAUUCCUGAAGAAUCAAGAAGGUCAGAGUCCUUUGGACUUGGCUAGUGCAGAUGACGUGAAGAGUCUGUUGCAAGAUGCCAUGGCCUCACAACAAGUCGUUACUUCCAUACCACCAGGCGUAUUCAACUCGAAUACUUCUAGUCGAACACCUAACAGCGUAGCAGUUUCAGUAUCGCCACCACCGUCGUUAACGCAAGAAACCGUGAUAAUGCCGUCGGGUGUAGCCGUAACCCUCUGCGUUCCUGUGGCACGACCAAAUUCUUGCAUCAGCCCCAUGUCUUCGACAGCUGAACAUUGUGGUUCCGAUCGUAGCGACUCAGGCAAAGAAUCUUGCAAUGAGCGAAACGUUCGUCCGAGUAGUGCUGGUGGGGCAAUAACCAACAUCUCAAGUUUUCUACAGAACCUUGGUCUCGAGCAUUUAAUGGAGCUCUUUGAGCGUGAACAAAUCACUCUAGAUAUUCUCGCAGAGAUGGGCCACGAAGAUUUGAAGCAAGUUGGAGUUUCAGCUUACGGGUAUAGGCAUAAGUUGAUUAAGGGCAUGGAUAAAUUGCUUAACUCAGCUGCUGGAUCAAUCUGGCAACCGUCAAUAAAUCCUGGAACGCUGUUGGUUGAUCUACUUGCCGAGGAUAAAGAAUUCUUGGCUGUUGAGGAGGAAAUGCAAAGCACUAUUAGGGAGCAUAGAGACAAUGGACAUUCAGGAGGCAUUUUCUCAAGAUAUAAUAUAGUUAGAAUUCAAAAAGUUCAAAAUCGAAAACUUUGGGAGAGAUACGCACACCGAAGACAAGAAGUCGCCGAAGAAGUCACCGUGACUCAAGCACCGACUUCGCCAAGUGCAACGAGUCGUGUAAGUAGUUCGUCGGCUACAACUUUAGCGAACGAGCGUAUGCUUUUCCACGGCAGCCCUUUUAUCAACGCUAUUGUGCAAAAAGGAUUUGAUGAGCGUCACGCCUACAUCGGUGGUAUGUUUGGUGCUGGUAUUUAUUUUGCCGAGCAUAGUAGCAAAAGUAACCAAUACGUGUACGGAAUUUGUGGUGGCACAGGUUGUCCUGUGCACAAAGAUCGUAGUUGUUAUAUUUGCCACAGGCAUUUAUUGCUUUGUCGCGUAACUCUUGGUAAGUCCUUCUUACAAUUCUCGGCGAUGAAGAUGGCUCAUGCACCGCCUGGCCACCACAGUGUAAUGGGUCGGCCGUCGCAGGGUGGUCUUGUUUUCCCAGAGUAUGUGGUUUAUCGAGGCGAGCAAGCCUAUCCCGAAUACCUCAUAACGUACCAGAUAGUAAGGCCACAGCAAGAACCGGGCCAACUUGGCGAGACAGCCGAAGAACGGUGAUCGAAAAUGCGUGUGAACGAGGGUGCCGUUGCCGCCCAACUUCGUCGACUUUGCUGUUGCCAAAGACCCAGGAUCUUCGACUCCCUGACCUGAAAUCACGACUCAUUUUAGGCGAAUCUCUACGAAUGUUCGAUUGAUGGUUAUAAGUAUGAUUUUCAAACGUGUAAUUACUUUAUCUUAUGCCGUUGCUAAGUGUACCAUCAAAGAUAUUUUUAUUUCAUCAGAUUUAAUUUUGCAUAUCGGCUGAAAUAAGCUCACAAGCUUUCAGAAUUACUGUUUUUGAUUAUUUUACUUGGUCGAAGUUUCAAAGAUUUUUUUAUGAGAAUGUAUCUAGCUGAUAGAAUAUUUUGUGCAAUUUUACGAAUGGAGGCAAGUUGAAAUAUUCAAAUUUAUAAAUUGUCAUAUUUCAAAUAAGCAUAUAAUCAUUCAAGUUUUGGUAAACAAACUGCAAUGUAUACAAAAAAAGUUAAUCAUUUAAAAAAUAUUUUCAGACGAAAUGUUAUUAAACCAAAUAUUUUACGUUGCAUCAAUAGUAAGUAAAUUAAGAAAUAUCUUACUAUUUUUUUACUCAUUUCAAGCUAACAAUAUUGAUAACAUAUGACAACAAAAUUUAAAAAGCUUAUUAUCAAAAUAGUAAAAAUAAUCAAAAGAUAAAAAAUUUCUAUAUUUAUUAUAUAACUAAGUUAUUUUUACUUGAACGUAAAAAAUUGAUAUCAACUCAUAACUUAGCUAAAAAAUAAUUGAUCAAAAUAGACAAAAAUAUUUUGAAAUUUACAUAAUAUAUUUGAUAAUUAGACUUGCAAAAAAUAUGUAUAUAAUAAUGAUUUCCUUGCAAUUUGUAAUAAUCCUAAAAAUCUAUAUUAACAACUAUUUGACUCUGAAUUAUUAUUAUGUAAUGGAAAAGAUCUUGACGGUAUGCAUGUACAUUAUACACUCAUAAAAAAGUAAAUAGAAGUACUUCAUAUGGUUGUAUUUUUUGAUAUUAGAUUGUAAGGGUAUCUUAUGUUUAUUCACAUUUUUCUACUUCUUAAGUAUUAACAAAUAUUUUCAUUUGAAAGUCAAUAAUGAAAUUAAAACAGCUUUAACGUUGAGCAGCCUUUUUUCUUUAUUGUGCACGGGCGAAUACUUAAUAGUAAUAAAUUAUUCAAGGAAAUAGAUAUUGCAAAACUUUUUGAGCUGUAAAUUUAUUAUUGUGAAAUAUAGUAACAUAUACUUUUUGUAGAUAUGAUUAUUAUCAGAUACAUGAGUUCAUUAUUUUACGGCAUUUCCCUGUUACCUUGUCUAAUAUCUUGCUAUUCCAUUAAAUGGAAUUGAACCAAUCUUGAUUGAUGUCAGAAUAUUCUUAAAAGUAAAAUAAAAAAAAUAUUAUGCAAUGGUGACUUUUUUCAGUAUAGUAUUUGUAACCGAUACCCAUGAAAUUUUCUAUUUCUAUUUGAAUACAUAAAUUUUUUUACAAGUUAAUAAAACGAUAAUUGUCAAACACAUUUAUAUCAUUUUCCAGUUAAAUAUCAUUUACUUACAAGAUGUAAUUACUAUCUUUUACAAAAAUUAAAUCAACAAAAAUAUAUUUUUACAUUUCAUUAAUGUUUUAAUAAAU